AUGGCCGAGCGCGGCGCUGCUGGCGGCGGCUGGAAGCGGCACCUCGUCCGGCAGCUGCAGCGGCGCGACCGCCGCACCGCCCAGGCCUAUAACAGACUACUGGAAAAAUCCUACUCGCUGAGUGCCCGCAAGCUGCAAGAGGAACCAUUGGCUCUCCAGAUGGCAAUUCCAGCCAGUAGAUUGGUCCUGUUGCCUGCAGGGUAUGAAGUCCUGGACUCAGCCCAAAUGUUGGAGUACCUGAAGAGGAGCUAUGAGGAGCGCAUCGUGGAGCUGCAACAGAUCAACGAGGAACUGACCUGCGAGAUGAUAGAACGGAGCACGAUCCUCAAGGCAAAGAAAAUCGCUCUGGUGGAGCAGAGGAGCAGGUUGGCUUCCGUGAGCGGGCAGCUCUUCGACCUGGAGGCCACGCAUCGGCAGCUGAAGGAGCAGGUGGAAGAGCUGAGCCGCGAGAACGUCGCCGUGAAGGCCGAAUGCGACACCUUGCGUGAGCGUUACCAGCGCCAAGACGUUGAGUUCCGCUGGGUGGCAGAGAGAGGCCUGGAGCUGCUCAAAAGCAUCAUGCGGAUGAAGGUGGAGGCAGCUGAGCAUCGCAACGAGAAGAACGAGAGGGUGAGGCAAGCCAGGCUGUCCAAGGAGCUGAAGAAGGCGACCAGGAGGCCCGUCGGCGUUGAUAUGUGAGUCUUGUGUGGUGCC